AUGGAAAAGAAAAAGCCGAAACAUGUUGAAGAGUCUGCAAAAGUGUUAUUGUAUAAGCCUUCAGAAGAUAUUGAUUUAAAAACCUUGCCACUGAAGCAGAAAAUGAAAUAUUUGAAGUCUAAUAUAACUGUAGAGCCAAUAGUGAUCCUUUUUAUGGUACCCAGUGUUCUAUCAUUGCUUGCUGCCCAAAACCUAUAUUUAGACAAAGCGUGCAGAGUAAAUCUACAAUACAGUGAUAAAGUGUGUAUGGAUUUACAACUUAGGAAUAUUGACAAUCAUACUUUUGAGGAGAUAGAAGUACAGAAACUUGUAGCUUCAAUACAAGCGUGGAAGAGCAUUGUUAAUACGAGUGUGGCGACAUUGUUAAUUCUUUUCGUUGGAGCAUGGAGUGACAAGACAGGACGAAGAAAAAUAUGCAUGCUUAUUCCAAUAUUUGCGGAAUUAAUGACCUGCAUACUAAAUAUUAUAAAUACGUAUUUCUUCUAUCAAAUAUCGAUGGAAUGGACCGUGAUAAUAGACUUAAUUUUUCCAUCUUUAACUGGCGGAUGGUAUACAAUGUACCUUGGGGCGUUUAGCUAUUUAUGCGAUAUUACGUCUAAGAAGACCAGAACUUUCCGCCUAGGAAUUCUAAAUCUAUGCCUGACAAUAGGUUAUCCCAUAGGAAUGGGUUUUAGUGGUGUUAUAUUGAAAUAUCUUGGGUAUUAUGGUGUUUUUAGCAUAGCGGCUGGAAUACAUAUACUUAAUUUCUGCUACCUGUAUUUCGGUAUAGAAGACCAUAGGUGGCUUGAAAAUAAAGAAAAAAAAAGACGUACGGGCUUCAUUGGUUUCCUCUUAGAAUUUUUCGACUUGAACAGUUUCAAAGAAACUGUGGGAAUAUUGUACAAGAAAGGAAGAAGUAAUAGGAGGCUAAAACUUUUUCUUCUUCUAAUUUGUGUUUGCUUACACUAUGGUCCACUAAUGGGUGAACUAAGCAUUAUGUACAUAUUUUUCCGUUUCCGCUUUAAUUGGGAUGAAAUAAAAUAUAGCAUAUACUCGACUUAUAGUCUUAUCCUGCACUCUAUUGGUACAAUAUUUGCAAUAUGCAUUUUCAGCAAGAAACUAAAAGCUCACGAUUCAAUUUUAGGAAUAACUUCAAUGGCCAGCAAGAUUUUAGGCACUUUGGUGUUAAUGUUUGCCAUACAAGAUUAUCAAGUCUAUCUGUAUCCUCUCGUGGAAAUGUUAAACGGAACAACAACUAUUGCGUUGAGAUCUCUGUCUUCAAAGUUGGUGUCGAAUCAAGAACUAGGUAGAUUGAAUUCACUGGUCGGUGUAGUGGAAACUUUAAUGCCGGUAGUAUAUGCACCACUGUAUAGCAGGGUAUAUAUCGCUACAAUUGACUAUUUACCUGGAGCUGUGUUUCUACUUAGUAUAGUAUCCUCUAUACCCGCUUUGAUUAUAUUCAGUUGGAUUUAUAAUCAACAUCGCAAAGGUAUUAAGAAGAAAGAACUAAAUGCAAUAAUGAAAACCUGCGAAAGUAAUAAAAACGAGGAAGGAACAUUGCCCGUUGCGGAUUUGCAUGUUGAAUGUUUGCUACAAGAGCAUAGAUCAUCAACAGAAGUCCAUCCAACAACUAUCACAAGUAGUUAG